AUGGCCGAAGGAGUUGCGACUCAAGCGUUCUCUCUGGUGGGAUGGGCAUUCUUACCUGCUUAUGCAACUGCGUUCCUACAAUCGGUUUACUACCGCCUCACGAUUCGAGCGGCUCUGCGCCAUCCGCAACCUGGGGAGCCUCUCUUUGCCGUCCAUAAUCGGCGGAUACGCAUCCUUGUCCUAUGUCUCUACUUGCUCUACACACUUGCUCAGGCACUGUACGACGUUAAGCUUACGGGUGACUUUUAUGCACUGCUUGGCUUGACUCCAUGGUCGACAGAGAGGGACGUCAAGACUCGAUUCAGGAAACUAGCCGCGAGAUACCAUCCUGACAAACUCCAUGAAAACGGGCAGUCGUUCCCGGGCGCAGACAGCAUCUUUGUGCAGUUCAAACUGGCCCAUGAUACCAUUCUGGAUCCUGCGAAGCGAUUUGCCUAUGAUCGAUUCGGACCGAGCAUUGUCCAAGUGCAGUACCCCGGCUUGAAAACCAUCAAGGACUAUGUGUAUGCUGGCUUACGCUCCAAGAUACCUGAAUACUUGACCAACGCGGCUGUUCUCGUUGUCCUGAACUACAUCUGGCUUCCUCAAUGGGGACAAUUCUGGCGCUAUUUCACCAUCGCUUGCAUGGCGUUCCUGGAGUUGUAUUUCCUAACCCAUACAUGGGAGCCUCCUCGCCUGGUGCUCCUUUGGGCAUCUACCUUUUACAAGGUCUUCCCACGCCUACUCCCGCCGCACCUCCUCCCUUUCCAGAUCCUCGGGCUGGCAAGGAAGAUUUCCAUGUCUCUUAACAUCUUCAUUUCGCAAUUGGCUCCCCCCACGGCAAGAAGUGCCGCUACAAGAGACCUCCAGACCCAGCAGCAAGUUCUUCACUUGGCUCAAGCAGCCGGCAAAUUGGACGCUGAAACGGUGGGUCUGCUUGAGCUCGAGUUGACUCCUUUUAAAGGAGAUUCGGGCAAAUCGGAGAAGCUCCGGGCGGGCAUGAAAGAGACCCUACUUACGGGAGCGUUGAGGUCGAAUCCACAAGUCCGAGAAGCGCUGAGAAGUGCCCUCGAGAGAAGGAGGCGAAGACCGGUGACCGUGCAGGAUGGAGACUGA